AACUGUUCGCUUUCUCCGGACGGUGAUGGCUGAGUUAGUGAGAAGGUGUAGUUAUUUCUUCCUCUAUGAUGGAUCCAAGGUCAAAGGAGAAGGCGACCCCACAAGAGAGGGAAUCUGCUACUUCUAUCCUGAAGAGACCCCUUUAGAUAAGCAGGAGCUGCUGUGUGGACAGCUUGCCGGCGUGGGCCGCUGCGUCUCUGAGCUUUCCUCCUCUCCUGUACGCAUACUGAGGCUGCGCCGCAAAAAGUAUGCCAUCCGCAUGAAAGGUGACUUCUUCUGGGCUCUGGGCUGCUCAGUGGAUGUCCCUGUCAUCAGUGUCUGUGAGCUGCUGGAUCAGCUAAUUGACCUUUUUUGUUUCUACAAUGGCUCUGUCCGACAGAGCUACCAGCUUAACAGUCGGGAAACUCUGGCUGCUCGCUGGGUGCAGUACCUCUCACACCUGCAGUCAGGAUCCUCGGAGCUUCAUCGCAUCUUCAGCUGUUUAAGGACCAUUGACUCAACAAAUGUUGACCCACUUCUACUUCUCAAAGCUGCCCUCAUUCUUCAGGCCUGUCAGCGCUGCCCUCUAGUGUUAGCAGGCUGCAUCCUGUUCAGAGGAAGGGUUGUAAGCACACAGAUGUCUCCUGAGCUCACAAUGAAGGUCAUGGUUCAUGAGAGUGAAACGUACACCAAGGCCCAGAGGCCGAAUGGACCAAGCACCUCCAGCUCAUUCGGGGCUGCUGUCAGCUCCACUACAGUGUUCCUGACCAUGUCUGAACUCCAGUACCUGCAGUCCGCUCCUGUUGACAAACACGUCAGUUCCCACUCUACUCCACACAAAGACGCUCCCCAAAAGAAGACCCGUCUGUCAAGAACUUUAUCUGACAUGGCCUCCACUGAGUCAGAUUCAUCCGAUCCAGGUCCCUCCCAGUCCCCGCAGAAGUUGUCCCUCAGCCCUUGCUUGUCAGAAUCAGAUAGCUCCUUGUUUAGCCCGGCUCCAUCACAGAGCACCGCUGAUCCACUUAGCCCCCCGCCACAGUGCCUCGAGUCUCCUUUCUCAAAUGGAAAACUCUCCCAUGAAGCUGAGGAGGAAUCGUAUUAUCAGAGUUUUCACAGUAAUGGAGGUGAAAACAGCCAGAUACAUAACAAAGGAGACAGCUCAGUGUCUGAAGAAAACUCCCACCUCAAUGGAGGUGGAAGAGAUGGAGACGCAGCUUGCGGGACAGUGUUUGACUUCCGAGGGGUUGAGUCGGGCAAUGAGGAAUCAUGGGACAAUGAGGUGGUGGCGGGAGAUAGCAGAGUUGGCGGUGGGAAUGCACAAGGUCACAAGGAAGAGGUGCGAGACCCUCCUCCUUGCUCUGGUGCUUUUGACGGCCCAGAGGAGAGUCCAUUGAUCCCCAUGACGCUGUAUCUGCACCGGGUUAAAGGCCUGGUGCUGGCCCUGCUGGUGGAGCCUCACUUCUUGAGUGACACAGCUUCGAUGGAGGAAGUGUAUCACAGCAGCCUGGCGUCGCUCAAUGGGCUGGAGGCCCAUCUGAGGACCAUCUCUCCAGGGGCCCCGGGUGCUCCUGGACCCUACAUCUUUGCCCAUUUUGAUUGCAUUCAGAGCACACUGACAACCAACCUGUCUGGUCGACCAGGGGGAGCCCCGGAGCAUCCUUUUGUCAGAGCCACAUCGCUUCUUCACUCGCAUUUCUGUAACACUGAAACUCUGCAGGAGGCUAUUAUCAGGAGUGCUGGUGCUGCUGUGUAUGGAACCCGCAGUGUGGCCCAGGAGACUUACUUCCAGCAGCACGGGGGAUCACUGAGGAACUCGGGCAUCCCUAACCACCAGGACAGCGCUUUCUCGCUGCCCAGCAAGGCCCGUCACAGACUGCUGAAACACGGGGUUAACCUGCUCUGACACUGACAGCAAUGUGACGUCUGCUCUGCGUGUUCACAUAUAAUUUAAUGAAGAAUUGUCCUGUUUUGAAUAACUUUAAAAUCACCACAGGAUUUGAGAGAAGAAAUCUGAUUAGGAGCUUCCUCUGUUUCUGUAUCUUCUGUGGUUAGAUAACAAGGGAGCAAGAUAACCAAUCUUCUCACUGCAGAGUUUAUGCAGAUACUGUAUGUGUUAUGAAACUAUAUAGCACUUAUAUUCACAACAUAACAUUAUUUCUUUUCUAUUUUGUAUCUUUACUAUGAAUUUGCUACGAAAAUAAGUUUAAAAAAAAUUCUUUUGUUAUGGCUUUGGCAGGUUACGUUUAUGUUGAGGUUGUAGUCUUAGUUGCACAUGCACAUGCUUGUCUGAGUACAACCCCACAUUUUAUUUAUGUUAUGCUAAAAGACAAUACCUUUUUGUAUCAAGCACAAUUUUUAAGCUUCUCUUUCAUACACUGCACACACUUUGCAAACUUUUCACUUUAUAGACAUUUCCCGUUCAGUCAUACCCCCAAUUCAGUAAAUGUAAAAGGCAAUUUCUCAUACUUGUAUUUAUUAAUUUAAAAAGAAAUUAAGACUAAGGCAAAAUGAAAUCUUUAUAUUGUGAUGCAUUUGUACAGAAUUAUGCUUUCCUUUGCAUGCAUAUAGUGUAAAACAGUAUAGGUUUAUAACAUAAAUAUCCAAAAUUAUCUUAAAAAAAGUAUUAAAAUGUCUAUUUAUUUCAGAUCAAGAUCUUUAGCGACAAAAAAAUGCUAUUUAACUUUUAGACUAGAUCUACUGUUUCCCCAUGAAGUAUCUUUAAAAAAAGGUCUGAAUUCCAGUCCAAGUUUGUUGAGAACGGAUUCACUUUGUUGCAUUAUUAAUGGAAAUUUAAUGAAUACAUGAUCCUCUCAGAGAUGAGUCUUAUGUGAGCUACUUUUGUAAAUGCUUGUUUAAAACCACAGGGGCUACACGGCCUUAUUAGGGUCAUCAGGGGCCUGCAUGUGACCCUGCAGUCUGGCCCCUGUUGUUUUCCACCUCAGGCUUAAGGCCUCGUUGCAAAAUGGUUACAGCUGACUGGAGGAUGACGUGCGCGAGGCUUUUUUGAAAAGCCAAGCACAUGCUCAUAAAAUGUUAUUAUUCGUGUUCUGUCCU